CUCUUGGAUGUUAUUUCAGUGUGCACAUUUGGAAAUAAAUGUCCUCCUGAUCCAGGCCUGAUUGUUUUGUUGGUUAUGUGAAACAUGGAAACCAGACAAUUGAAGCGAAACAUUGAAGCUCUACUUGGUCAUUAUAUUGGACAAAAGCUCAGAGAAAAUGGCUUUGACCCCAAAGGGAUGGGUUCUUCCUCAACGUUGGAUGAUCUGGCUCAUUAUGAUUUGGCUGUAAGUGUGGCUUUAUGGUGGCUGAAUGAGAAAAAGGGUGCAGAUGUGAAUCAACUUAUAGGAGCCAUCAGUACCAGACCCACUCACUGUCUUAAUCAAAUGGAAAGAGAGGCAAUAAUACUCUCAUCCUUCGCAGGGAUGCUUUUGAAUAGUUUACCUGUAAAUGAGAUCCUGUCACUGUAUACCUGCAAGCCAUCUGCCUCCUGCCCUCAUCCAGACACUAAAACCAACAUUGUUCAUCCUUUCUCCUUGUCCUAUCACCCAUUUGCCAUGCUCAGUUCAUUUAAGGCAGUAGACCAUGCAAGAAAACACACUCAGAUGCUGAAAAGGUGGAAUACUCUGCGAAAUAAAGAGGCAUCAGCAGCACUGGAGAGGCAGAAGGCAUCUUCCCCAACCCUGUCUUCUCUAACUUCUUUAAGUGGAAGUGAGGAUUCAUUGAAAGAACAAACAAAGCACUAUGAAGACUCUGAGGAAUCGCAGCAGGACUGAAGAUAAUCCAUCCACUAACAAUUCUUUAAAACAUUAUUUAUUCUUUAUUAACCAGCAACUAUUUCAAACAACUUUGUUUCCGGUGCUAUAAAUAUAUACACAUCAUGAAUUUUAGACACGUUGUUUUUUUGUUUGUUUGUUUGUUUGUUUUGUAAUAGUUUGAUUAUUCUUAUAGCACGGUCUAUAUAGUCUUUAUUUGCUCAUUAACGAUGCUGCACGCAAAAUGCUGCAAUGCUGCACGUUUUGUGAACAUCAGGCAGGUGAUGGAGUUAAAAUGGAGUUAAUAUAUACUCCAGAUGUUAUGAACUAUUUUGACAGAUCCUAUAGUGUGACAGAUGUUUGUUUGCAUCAUAAGCUUAUGUAUGACUACAAUCACACAAUAAUUCUAAAGGCCUCUGAGUAAAAAGGGAUACUGGGAUAAAGUGAGUGCAGAGAUGGACUCCAUCCUAGAUACGACUGAUUUGUCUUGUACACAAAUAGCUUUGUCU